AUGACAAUUCAACACUUCUUUCCCAUCUUUCUCAUUUCCUUAAUAUGCCUUUCCUCCAUUGGCUAUGCCUUGAGGGUGAUACCGCUUGACGAAAUACUGUCACCAUUCGAUUUUAUCAAGAUACUGCAAGGUUCCGUUAAGGGUGAUAGAACCCUAGGUAUCAGUGGACUCAAAAGCUACCUUCAGAAAUUUGGUUAUCUCGAGAACCUAAAUAACACCCAAGUAAAUAACGUAUUUGACGAUGCCCUUGAGUCCGCCAUCAAAACCUACCAACAAAAUUUCAAUAUUAACCCCACUGGCAUACUAGACGCUGCAACCGUGUCGACAAUGAUCAUCCCUCGAUGUGGGGUCCCCGACAUCAUCAACGUAUCCCACUACACUUUCUUUUUAGGAAACCCUAAAUGGCCGGCUUCCAAAUAUAACCUAACAUACGAAUUUUUGUCCAACGUACCCUCUAACGCAGUGGCCCCUGUAGAGCGGGCCUUUCAGAACUGGGAUAACGCCACCCACUUUACUUUUAGACGGUCUUCCAGCGAUCAGACCGCUGAUCUGAUCAUAGAGUUUCAACGUGGGUAUCACGGCGAUGGAGCCUCGUUCGAUGGCCCAGGCGGGACCCUAGCCCAUGCGUUCGCUCCAACCAAUGGAAGGUUUCAUUACGAUGCGGACGAGAGGUGGUCCGUCGAUCCCGUCGCGAAUACUUUCCACUUGGAAACUGUGGCACUGCAUGAAAUUGGGCACCUCCUUGGACUUGGGCAUAGCUCCAUACAAGCUGCGAUUAUGUACCCUUCAGUAUCAGCAGGAACAGCCAAAAUCAAAUUGAAUACAGAUGAUAUUCAAGGAAUUAAGGCUUUAUAUACUAUGUGA